AUGUACAAGCUUCAAGUGGUACUGGUCCCCCCUAGUGCGGCCAAUGCGGGUUUUCAAUAUCCAUUUCAUCCUGCUACCAAUGAAAACUCGCAACUUCUUCCGUCCAGCAUAGGUGCGAAUGGAUCGGCGAUCCUGACAGGGAACAAUCGCCCUGAACUACCAACUUCUGUUGGCUCUAACAACAACUUAUUCAUGUCAAGUUUUGCGUCUAGCCAUAUCCCACCACAAAGAUUAAAAAGGUUCCUGCUUUUCACGCAGCCUAACAACUCACUUUUGACUUUGGCAGAAGAGAUCGUUGCGAAAUGCGACAAAAUAUACCCGCAUUUGGCCGAAUCUGUCGAGCUCUUGAGCCUACAGGACUCCAAUGAAUGCGAUCUGGACCCAGAUUUUGUGGUUAAAGACGUUUUCAACGUGGAUAACGUUGUUCGGGCCGUACUGAGUCGUGAUAUUGAUGUGGCUGAUGAUCAGGCCCAGACAUUGUAUUCAGUCAAACGUCGUCGGCUCAACAGCAAUAUUGACAGUAGACCAUCCGCUGCCAGCAAUGGUUCUUUGGGUCCUCAAGCCAACGUACUCCACAUUGCAAAGAAACGGCCACAUAUAUUGCGCAACUCUAGCGCCAUGCGUGUAUCAACUCCUUUGGCCAACCAGAUAUAUCCUCCAGCUUCCACAACACAAUUGAAUUCGGAUUAUGAAGACGACGACAUUGCUGAUCGCUCAAUUCUGCCACCACCUCAACCGCAGUCGCAACCUAUUCGCAUUAGUUCUGCUGUUGAUAGCGCAAAAAAGGUCAAUUUUAGUGAAAACGCUAUAUCGAGAUCCGAAGCCGUUGAUCCAGAUAAAUCCAGACAACAUCGUUUGCCCUCAGGUACGCCCAAGCGCGAGCUCCCAAAGAAAGCUAGAACUCCCAAUGGAAAGAAGGCUCAGGAUCAAAUGUUACUGGUCGAUCAAGCAGAACUCGAUGGCUCUGCAACGCCAAUCAAUACCAAUAAGAGAAUAACUUCAGGAAUGCUGCGCAUACCGGAACCCAAAAUCUCAGAGAUCGAAAAGGAACUCAAGCAAGGACCGGAAAGUCCAUCUGCUGUCUUACCAGCCCGUCCACAUCGUAUACCGAUGAAAAAACACGAUGCACCCACUUCGGAUGAUGAAGAACUGAGUCAAUCAUCUUUUGAAGAAGAUCGAAUUCUCAUAAACAAGCGCACGGAUGGAGCUCUUGAACCUUUAACAAAGCCCCCAGCAUCUCGUCAAACUUCUAUCGCCGAUAACAAUGGGUCACCUAUCAAGGAUGCUACCAGGAACCUAAAUGUUAACUUAGCAAAAAUUCCUAUUCCUAAUAGGAGGAUUACUCGUAAGUCUUCUCUGGAAAAUAAGGUCGAAUCUCUCGUUCGCAACUCUGAUACUAUAACAGAGCGUAGUGGGAGAAAACUCAACGAAAACAACGACGAACCUAUUACGGCUGCUAGAAAAGUGUCUUUUUCCGACGACGAUGAAGCAGACGGUCAGCAAUUAGAUCAGGACCCCAAUGACACCGUACGAGUCAAUCAUGCGGAUGCUGGGAACAGCAGCUUUCAAAAAUCAGAGCUACUGUCCAUGCUGAGGGGUAACAAGUUCGAUAUUCCUUCUAAUUUCAGUAAAAGAUCUUUGAAGCUUAAAGGUGGAUAUUUUGACGAUUCCCCGAAAAACUCCAAAACCUCUUCGAAGGACAUUAUAAACCAGAGGCUGCAAAGGAGUGCUGCAGUAAAAGCUGCAGAACUUCUUUCCUCAGGAAAAUCUAGAAAUCAACAGCCAAGUUCUGAAAGCGAGGAAGACGAAAGCGACAUUGAAACUGAUCGGAGCGACGGAAGAGUCACUGUGCUUGAAAAUCGAGAAUUGAGGAAGCUGAAUAUUCAUCCUCUUAAGGAGCAAGUGAUAGGUAAAAGGUCUAGAACUCCACAGAAUGGUGGAACAAGAGUCGGCAAAAGUCCAGCCGAAGACGUUAGUAAGGGCGUCGGUAAGGAAAAGCUUGCGAACUCUGAUUCCGGUGCUAAUUUUGAUGGUAAGGGACUAAUGUUGAACGGAAAGACACCUCAAAUUCAAGGUGAUAAAGAAAGCUAUGCUAAGCAUGAUCUGCAAGAAGAAAGAGGCGUCAUACAACCCCAGGAGUCAGCAACUUCGCAGUCCUCAUCCACUGCGGCUCCGCAAACGACAGAUGUUUCUGAGCUGAAGAGCAAGGCUGCGACAGAGCCAGCAAAGACAUCUUCCAAGGAAGAUGUAGACACUAAAGUGGCCAAGAAAGCCAAGAGGGUCUCCUCAGGCGCAGCCAAUCGCCAACCUAAAUCAUUUCAAAGCCAGGAAUUUGUUGAAGAUUCCGAUAAUGACUCGACCAAUGUUUCUUCUGCACCUAGUUCCGAAGAGACAAAGCAGAAGUCUGUAACUAAAGCGCCUCCGCCCUCGGUUUUAAAACGAAAGGAAGAAGCUGAAAAGAGGCGGAAGGAGCGAGAGAUUUUGAAGAAAGCACGGGAGGAGGAAAGUGCUAGGAAAAAAGCGGAAAAAGAAGACAGAAGAAGGGAAAGAGAUGAGGCUGUCGCCAGAAAGAAAGCCGAACGUGAGGUCAAGAAAAAAGUUAAGCAGGAGGAAGCAGCCAGGAAACGCGGAGCUCAACAAACUACAAAGAAAUCUAAGGAUUCUAAGGAUUCUAAGGACUCUAAAAGUGAUAUUAGCUCUGCGCAAUCGGUGGUACCAGAAAAAGAGAAUCCCGAUUCAAACAAAGAAAACCGCGGAAAUGUUGACAGAACUGCUGAUGGGAUGCGCAUUAAUGAUGAAGAUGCAUCCGAACCAAGUCAAGUUAGUGAAGGGAAUGACAAUAGCAGUAAGGAAACAGACAAUAGCAGUAAGGAAAUAGGCAAAAACAGCGCUGAAUCUGUCUCUCUUGAACCCAAAGAUCUCUCUCAGUAUUUCAAUACAGGAGACAAGCAGACAGAAAUCCAAAAGGAAGCAUCCGCUGAUCUUUCUAGUGGUGACAAAACACCAAAGCUGCAGCAAUUGAAAACUCAAUUUAUUUCGGGAGCUCCAGCGCAACAACAAGGCGUCAAGGUAGGAGACACAAGUCAAGCUCCGAAAGAUUUUCACUCUGGUAGCUCAGAUGAGGAACUGCCCGAUGAUGAAAGUUCAUCGGACGACAACGAAUCAUCGGAAUCUUCUUCAGAUGAUGCCUCAACAGCCAGUAGAAAAUCCAGAAGGGGCAUUGUGGACACACCAAAAGGUGCCAUUAUUUCGAUUCCGAAGAACGUCAAGCACAGCGACAUCUCUGAUUUAGAACAUGCCCCCCAAUCAACACAACAGAUUCCUGGCCAUCAAACUACUCCCCGUAGCGCUACCAAGGUUCCAGUCACCAGAAUGAUGGAAAUGUCGUCUCCUAUAGCUAGUGGAAAGAGCUCAUCUUCGACAGCCAAUUCUUCAAAACCUCAAGCGAAGCCAAGCCGGUCUUUGAGCUCGUUGUCUGACCUAGUUUCUCGUGGAGUUCCAGAAGUCAAAGAAAAAUCAGUCAAAGACCAUUUUCCAUCGCAGGUCGCGCCCGGGAAAGAUGACUCUGGUGAUGAUCAAAGUCGAGAUGAUUCUGACAAAAGCGAGAGUGAGGAAUCUAGUGAUAGCAGUGACGAUUCCUCUGAUGAUGACGAUAGCUCUAAUUUUAUUAGUGCUAAGUCUGCGAGUAAAGCUUUAGGACGACACAAAAAUUCAGGCAGCGGGUUUGCUUCGCUGGUCAAAGACUCGCGAAAAAAAUAA